CUUGAUACAUAUAUGGCUUUAUGAGAGCGAGCCAUGUAGUGUAAUUUCAGAUCGCAUGCUCGAUCGAAGUCGGUUUCCCUGACUCGACGAAAACGAUGAAAACGACCGGAACGACAUGUCUUAUACGUCUAUAAAGGGCCGUGACUGUCUUGCCCAAGUUAAAUCCAACAGUAGCUAAAUCACUUCUAUUCUGAAUUUACAACUCGCACUUUAUACAACAUGGUUCAAAUCAUCGCUUCCGUUAUUGUGGCCUUGGCUGCUGCCGCUCAAGUUCAAGCUGCGGCUCUCGGCGCACCAGACAUCUGCAAGCCUGCUUCCAAGACAGACAGAGCCAACACGUACAACUAUGCCGACGAGACUAGCCUUUGCCAGUCGAACCACCACUGUGACAACGCCUGUGUCUCGUUUGUGGAGCCUGGGCCAACCGGAUGCAGCCCCGAUUGGGACCAGACCAGCCAUGAUGAUCUGAAGCGCGCCGUCUUCUACCAAGUCGCCAAGGACGGCCAGUUUCAUAGCACACAUGAAGGAAGGUGGACUGUUGCUUUCUAUGUAUUUACUUCCGCUUUCCCCAACCACGACGUCGCCGGCGAAUUCGGCAACGGCAUCGACCGUCUUGCCAACGGCAAGAUCCCUCAUACUGCCUACUUCAACUCGAUCAUCACUGGCCAGUUCUAUGGUAUCAGUGCCGCCUACGGGUGCUAA